ACUGCAGUUGUAACGUCAACCGGCAUCCCGGCUCUUUUGUGCACCUGGCUAAGUUAGAUGAACUUUUGUGCUACGUGUAGGAUUUUGGCACCGCGUCCUAGAUUUAGUCUUAAAUCAACAACAGUUCAAGCCAGACCAUUUUUUUGCCUCUUAAAGCUGCAUUCAGGUGCUCGGCAAAUUGCUUUACCUGGAGCAAAGCGCGUACUGCAGCUGAAUGAAACCAGCUGUCCUUCGGCCACAACCUCUUUCCAAUGGUACCAGGAUGAGGGACCUACAUUGCUUGUGCCUGGUUUUGUCUUUCUUAUGGGAGCAGGUGGCGAAGGCUUAUAAAUAUAUGAGUGGUGUUUUUCUAGUGAGUCACUCAUCGGACCAGCAAGCCACAGACAGUUCCAGGCCGCCCAGCAAGAUGGACGUAAACCGGCUCCAGGAGCAAUACCACUACUUAAAAGAGAAGCAGAAGCUGCACACCCAUGUCGUCGUGUUUAAAACAGGUGGAAAUGGGAGCAUUCCCAAGGAAUCCAUGAUCAGUGCUGUUUUAAUUAACAAGACCAUGAGGAAAGCAUUGAAAGGAAGAGAGAUCAAAGUGGAUUUGCCCUGGCAGGGAAAUGGACAAGACAGCUCACCAUGGCGGAUACAUCUUGGUAUCCACCGUCUGGCACGUCACCAGGGACAGCCUUGUGAUGGUGUCCAAAACCGGAUUGAACAUAGCAUGUGGUCUUGUGAAGAGUCAUUAGACAGCACUGAACCGGCCAUUGCAUUCGCCAUCAAAGAGGAAAAUUCACGCCCUCCUGAAGAGAUGGUCAGUUCCAACUCAACUCGGACAUCAGUAACUUCCAUUUGGGCUUAUUCCAGCCUCAACAUCUCAGCUUCAAAACCAACAUCUACUAAGCUAUCUUAUUACCCUUUCCCUCAGAAGAAAAACCCCAAGAUUUCUGAAGCUGCAAGGAAACUGGGGUUAUAUGUCUCCCAAUGAGAAUUGUGUAAUAGAAGACAGUGGUAGGCCUAUCACUACAGGUAAAGUAGAUACAGAAAGCUUCUUUUUUCCUCGUGCACAGGUAUAAUUUGCCUGAAAUAUACAGGUAGCGUUUCUGUUCCUGUGAACAUGAAAACUGAUGGACUCACAUGUACUAUUUUAAAUCAAUGUUUCUGUAAGGCAGUGUUUCGCAACCUUGGCCAACCUUUAAGAGGGGUGGACUUCAACUCCCAGAAUUAUCAGAUUAACAGAGUUGGAAGGAACCUUUUAGGUCAUCUACUCCAGCACCUCGCCUCCCCGCUCAAGCAGGAGACCCUACAUCAUUUCUCACAAACCCCCAUACUGGCUGAGGAUGUCUGGGAAUUGAAGUCUAUCUCUUUUAAAGUGGCAAAGAUUAAGAAUCAUUGCUCUAGGACAGUGGUUUCAAACUCAAGGCCCUGGGGACAGUUCCAGACCAUGGGGUGCUUCGUGGCACGACAAAACCGCGCUACGCAAAAUAGCGGAGAUUAAAUCGCGUCACUAAAGUCGCGACGUCAUCAU